UACAGCACAAAAGUUAGUCACGGGACAAAUAGGACAUCGGAACGGCAUGCCUCCUCAGUUCUCCCUUCCCCACAUCGCCAUUCCCCCUCCCUUCUCCUCGCUAUAAAUCCAGUGAUUGAGCAAAAGCAAACUCAUCAAAGCUGCUUCUUCCUUUCUGUCUGCAUCGACAUAUAGUGUGAGUGCGAGAAAUAGAGAGAUCAGAAUGGGUGGAAGGGGGACGGACAAGUCAGUGAUGAAGCUUGCCGUUCUUUUCUUCAAUUCCUUUCACGCACUCCUGCUGUCGACUACUCCCGUCAACGCACUCAACAUCGGCGUCCAAUCCGUCAACGUCGGCAUCUCUGCGAGCAAGCAGCAAUGCAGCAGAAAGUGCGAGUCUCAACACUGCAAUGUUCCUCCUUUCUUAAGAUACGGAAAGUACUGUGGUAUUCUGUACACUGGCUGCUCAGGGGAGAAGCCCUGCGACGCACUCGACGCCUGCUGCAUGGUCCAUGAUGCCUGUGUUCAAUCCAGAAACAAUGACUACUUGAGCCAGGAGUGCAACCAGAACUUCCUCAACUGCAUUUCCCGGGUGAGGGAAUCCGGAAAGGGUUCGUUCAAGGGGAACAAGUGCAUGGUGGAGGAAGUGGUGGACGUGAUCAGCCUGGUAAUGGAGGCGGCCCUGUUGGCCCGGAGGGUUCUUCACAAGCCGUAGAAGAAGAUAUAUGAAGAGAGACGAUCCACGGCAUUGUGGGCCUCUCUAAAUAGGUUGCAACACCACGGCAAUUGCUAUUCGUCUUGUUGGUGAUAGAAGAUUCACACACUGUUUGGUGGUCUCGCUGUCUCUUUACCUUUGUUAUACUUGGCGAAAUGUGUGACCAUUGUGAUAUUGACUGCAUAUGGUUCGUAUGAUAUCCUUAGAAUCCUUUUGUUUCUUAUGA